AUGGGUUGGUUUUGGGCUGAUACACCAUCUCAAACAUCUUUGAAACCUGCGGCUUGUCCGGUGAAACACGAUGUUUCAUCUCCCGCAGCAUGCCCCGUCAACUACGGAAAAGGCCCCCUGAGCGAUGACGAUGAGGUGCUCAAUCCCAUGAACAACAUGCCCAUGGCCAUUUCCUCCGAAAAAGCCCCCGGCCAGAGAGUCGUGCUUUCCACAGAAAGAACCGUUUCUUCCAUUCCCCGGGGAGAGUCGGGAGACCAGGGUUUCUGGGAAUAUCCGUCUCCUCAGCAGAUGCUCAAUGCCAUGCUCAAGAAAGGAAAAGGUCAGGGAGUUCCGGAAGAUGCCGUGGAGCUGAUGGUGGAAGUACACAAUUUCCUUAACGAAGGAGCCUGGCAGCAGAUUCUCGAGUGGGAGUCCAAAUAUACUGCUCAGCUGAGGAUCGAGCCUAGAUUGCUCCAGUUCACAGGAAAGCCCCACGAUCUCAGUCCCAGGGCCAGAAUGUACUUGGCGCUUGGAAAGGUGUUCCCCCUGACUUUCAACACACAGCCUCCUUUCGACAGGCACGACUGGACGGUGCUCCGGGCGGCCGAUGAGGGUAAAUGGGACCAGGUGCGUUAUGUGAUAGACUACUACAGUGCUCCGGAUGACGAGGAGACGGGCAUGCCUGCGUUCAUGUUGGACACGAGGCCGGCGUUGGACUCGGUGCAGAACGCCCUGGACCGUUUCACUCACUGGGCCGGGCCUUUGUGGAAGAGAGCCAUGGGUGAUUUUGACUAG